AUGCGUGGCCAUUUCGAAACGGUUUGUCGGAAAGGAAAGAAACGAGGUGCAUUCAAUCAAAGCGGACAGAAGGAGUCAAAGAAAAUACGGCUAGUGGAAUCCACUGAGAUGAAUUCGGAAAUGCAGGCAGAAAAUGUGGAAGCGGAAAAAACAUACUACGCGUUUUACUCUGGAAACAAAGCGAAUAUGAUUGCGUGUUGCAUCGGUGGUGUGAGUUGGGAUAUGCUGGUGGAUUCGGGAGCAGAUUGUAAUUUGGUUACACCGGAAGCAUGGAACAAGUUCAAGGAAGCUGGCAUUAAGGUAUACUCGUCAACGAAAGGAUGUGAUCGAAAGCUCAAGGCAUACGGAAGUGAGAAUUUGCUUAAUGUGUCCGGAUCAUUUGUUGCUGAUAUUCGUGUAGGCCAAAAAUGCGUAAAGGCUGAAUUUUUCGUUGUGACUGGUAGUCAACAAUGCUUGUUGGGUGACGAAACUUCGAAGCUGUUGGGAAUACUCAAGGUUGGAUUGGAUGUCAAUAAAGUAACGGAGGAAGUCAAGCCAUUUUCCAAAAUCUCUGGUGUGCAAGUCAAAAUUCACACGGAUCCUGAAGUCAAACCUGUUUUCCAACCUCUGAGAAGAGUUCCUAUUCCGCUAGAAUCUGCUGUCAAGUCUAAGCUGGAACAACUACUUUCAAGAGAUAUAAUUGAAGUCAAGACUGGACCAACGAGUUGGGUAUCGCCGCUGGUGGUUGUCGGAAAAGCGAAUGGUGAUGUAAGACUGUGUUUGGAUUUACGUCGAGUUAAUGAAGCGGUUUUGAGGGAACGCCAUCCAAUGCCGGUAGUAGACGAAUAUUUGGCUCGUUUGGGAAAAGAUAUGAUUGGAAGCAAGUUAGACAUCCGUGAAGCAUUCUUGCAAGUAGAGUUGGAACCGGAGUCGAGAGAUGUGACCACCUUCAUAACAAGUCUCGGGCUGUUCAGAUUCAAGCGAUUACCGUUUGGUUUAGUGACUGCUCCGGACGCGUUUCAGCGGACAAUGGACGAGAUUCUCACUGGCUGCGAGGGAACGCAUUGGUAUCUAGAUGACGUCAUUAUCGAAGGAUCUACCGAGGAAGAACAUGAUCGUCGUGUAGAUAAGGUAGUUUAA